CAGUGCCUUACUGUAAAGUUUAUCUGUGUACAGCAGAAGUGAGAAGAGAACCAAUGAGCUGAAAGAUAACUCAAUCAAUCUGCUUCCUCCGUCCUUGCUUCAUUGCUUUGUACAGGAAAUCUGUUGCUGUGUCAAGUUCCAGAGAAGAGUUUCUUCUCUCCCAAGUUACUAAUCAGUCUGGAACACAUAGAGUUGAAGGAAGGAGCCAGGAGGAAAGGAAUGCUCUGCUACUGAAGGGCUAAGGACCUAGCACAGAGAAGUUGACCAGAGAGUUCACCAUGCUCACGGCUCCUUCCUUACCUGUGUGGAGGAGAAACACUGAGUGAGAGGCGAACACGAAGAAAACAGAAAUGCCCUGUCCUUGGAGAACUUCUGACCUAGUACUCCUACUGAGUUUGACCAUCUUCGUGGCUGAAGUGGAAGGUGCUGUUCAACAAAGUAACUCAUUAAUGUCACAAACAAGGAAGGACAACAGCACUUUAGCUUUAAAUAGUUCCUGUACAAAUGGAAAGGAGACAACAUUGAAUAAUUCAGUACCUCCAACAGAAGCUUUUUAUAAUAAUUCAUCUCUGACAACACACUCGGAAAGUCCAAAGCAAAAAAUGGUUUCUGCUGAAGUUGAUAUUCCACUCUUCGUGCUGAUGAAUUCGAAGGCCGUGCUCUGUUGCCCUCCUGUCUCACGGACGUAUAUGAUAGGGGCGACAUGGGAAAUAAUUCUCAGAGACAAGCCUGCCUGCAUAAAAGCCUACAAGGCAGAUAGCAAUGAGACCAAGGACGUCAACUGUACUGACAGGAGAAUAACCUGGGUCUCCAGACCCGAUCAGAAUCUUAGCCUUCGAAUCGAUCCAGUGUCCAUUACACAUGAUGGGGAUUACAAAUGUGAAAUUGCAGCAUCUGAAGGGAAUUUCCAGUGUGGUUAUCACCUCCAAGUACUGGUGCCCCCUGAAGUGACCCUGGUUUCAAGUAAAAACAGGACUGCAACAUGCAAGGCAGCGGGGGCCAAGCCAGCCGCUCAGAUCUCCUGGACCCCAGAGGGGCACUGCAUCACUGAGCAAGAACAUCUGGACAAUGGCACGGUGACUGUCCAGAGCACUUGCCUCUGGUCAGACAGCAACGUGUCUGCUGUGACCUGCUCGGUCUCCCACUUAGCUGGCAACAAGACUCUGUCUGAAGAGCUGAAUCCUGGAGCUAACGCAUCAGAACUAUUAGGUAUCCCAUAUAUUAUCCUUUGUACUAUUGUGAUUUUGAUCAUCAUGGGAUUCAUGAUUUGUUUUUUGAAAACCAGUGGCUGCAGAUUAUGUAAAUUGAAAAAAACAGAAGUGACUUCAGUUGUUGAAGAGGAUGAAAUGCAGCCUUAUGCCAGCUACACAGAGAGGAACAACCCACUGUAUGAUACCACAAACAAGGUGAAAAUGUCUCAGGGCUUACAGAGUGCAGUUGAUGGAGUGAGUCUCUGGACUUGAUAAAUUAUUGAAAUUUAGCACCAAGAGGACUAAAUGAAGAUAUAGGACAAUGACUGUUUUGAUUUUAUAGACUGGGAGACUCACUUAGAAAUGAGUUCUUUGAAGAUUCUUAGAAGACAAAGACAAUCUAAUGAUUUUGCACUCAUUUCUUUAUAUGAUUGGAAUUUCCGAAUCACAGCUGCUACAAGCUAGUUCUCUGGAGAACUGAUAGUUAUUGCAAAGGAAGCACAUGCUCAUGAUAAAUAUUCAAACUACUGUAUAGUAAAUAAUGAAGAUGAAAUAUUUUCAAGAAAUAACUCUGAAGAAGGAACAAUCAUCAGUGGUUUCUUGUGUAUUCUUGCAAAAAUCUUCUGUCAUAGGCAGAUAGUACUUGUGUGUGUUUUGAUGUCUAUUUGCAUAUACAUACACAUCCUUAUCAUAUCAAGACACAGGUGGGAGCAUAUCUUAACGUGGUUACAUACUUAUAAAAAGCUAACAAUAUGAAAUGACUUGGAGAUCUUUACAUAUCAAUACAAGCAGACUACCUCAUUCUCUUAUAGUGUCUACAUAAAAUUCCACUGUAUGGUUGCAUCUCAGUUUUAUUAAACACAGUCCUGGUGAUGGACAUCUUGAUGGUUUUGAGUUUUGUUUGUCUUACAACUGUACAUGAUAUCGGAUAGAAUGUUUCUUGUGGAUCUAUUGCUUUGUAUUUAUUAGAGUAUAAGUUAGGUAACGUUAGGAACAUUUUAUUAAGUGGAAUUGCUCUGCCAAAGAGUUCGUGCAUUCUUCUUACUGAUAAAUAUGUUAAAUUGUAUCACUUAUGGUCUGUCCUCUUACUGUUUAAGUAUCUUUCUCUAUAUUACUAUUUUAAUAGCUGUAAGAUUUAUACCUCCCCCAUCCCAAUCUCCCCUUUUUAAUCAACCAGUUAGCUAAUAAAAUGUAAGAUUAUAGUAAGAGUUAUACUAUUUAAUAAAACUAGAUUUAUGUAUUUCUGUCGUGUUUAUGGUGGAUGGAGGCGGGACACAUACGCGAGGAUGUCAGUUUUUUCUGGACUCACCAUGUCUGUAUAGAGCUAUUGAUACCUAAUGCCUAAUGGUUUUGCAAGUGUGAUAAAUUAUAAAUGUAUAUUUUUAUAGCAUGUAUUCCGUUGCGAUGUAUUUGUCAAGUAACAAAUUUUAUUGACUAUGCAAGCAGCUAAAUAUGCAUUAUGGAGGACUUGGAGUAUGUAUGAAAUAUGGCUAUGACCUAAGAGAUUGACCAUGGGAUGACAUUUUUUUCAUGGGGUAGAAUUUAGGGACUAUGUAUAUUAAUACUUUUUAAUUUAUAAAAUAUUUUACAUAAUAAUUAUUUAAAAUAUCUGUUCAUACUAUAUCAGAAGGAACAUUGAAAGUCUUUUAUCAUGAUAGAAAUUAAAGCAAAAUUAAUUAGUUCUUAUGCCAUUUGACAUUUAAGAUGGCUAUUUUGUCGUAUUCAUGUUUUCCUUCCUUUAGACACUUUAGUUACCCUAGCUUUAAUCUUUAAAGAGAUUUUAAGUCUAUUUUGGAUGUAAAAUUAAUACAAUGACACUUGGUACAUUAUAUUUAUGUGUAUAUAUAUAUAUGUUUGUUUUUCACCCAGAGGAUGUGUGUGCUUGCCAGAGAGAGUAAGAGAGAAUGUACUCCCACUGGAGCAUGGUCAUUCCUGAACCCUUCUCCGUUUCUCCAUUCUGGCAGUGUGUUUGGGGCGUGUACACAAAUGGACUGAUGUUUUUUUUUUUUUGGAGAGGUUUUUGCUAUAGGUCACGUGCGCUAGCCA